AUGAAUGAAAUAAAAUAAAAUGAAUAUUUAUUAAAAAAUAGAAGAGAAAAAGAAUGGUUGAAUAGAAAAUAAUUAAAAUUUUUAAAGGACACAGCUGUUACUAGCGAUGAUUCAGGAGAUGAAUUUGAGAAAUAAAAAUAAAUCGAAAUUUUUAUAAAAUAAAAGAAAUAAUUUUAAUGGGAAUAAAGAAGCUUAACAAUUUUCAGUUCAAAAUUUGCUAAAGUAUACUCUGAAGUAAUAUGUCUAAAAAUAAAUCAUUUCUUGAUGUAAAUUAGGAAUUUAUUGAAGAAAAUAAGAAAACACUUAACUCCUUUACCACCUUAUAUAAUAACACCUGAUGGAUCAAUAAAAAUGAUUUGGGAUUUAUUAUGUCUAGCAUUUGUGAUUUAUGAAAUGAUUAGUAUUCCAUUUUAAAUAAGUUUUGAAAUAGAAAUAAGUAAGGAAAUCUCAAUGACCUCUUUAGGAGUGUUUGUUUUGGAUAUUCUCUUAAAUUUUAAUACUGGAGUUUAUUUAGAUGGUAUAUUAUCAAUGAAAAGAGAGAGAAUAAUAAAGAAUUAUUUAUCAUUUUGGUUUUGGAUUGAUGUAAUUUCAACCUUUCCAUAUGACAUAAUUAUUGAUGAAUCAGAAUCACUUAUUUAAAGUGCAAAAUUACUAAGAUUAUUUAAAUUUUUAAAAUUUAUCCAUAUAUUAAAACUUCUAAGAUUGGCUAAAUUAAAAAAGAUUAUUGAUAUAUUAGAUGAAGUAAUUUAAAAUAUAAGAAUAAUCGGUAUAGUAAUAACCUUUUUUAAACUUUUUGUUUUUGUCUUAUUCUUAGCACAUGUAUUAGGAUGCAUAUUUCAUUAUGCUUCAAGAGAAGAAUCGAAUUCAUGGCUUGGAGAUAAUGAAAAUGCAGAUUGGUAAAUAAGAUAUAUAUAUUCCUUAUAUUGGGGUAUUGCAACGAUGACAACAGUUGGAUAUGGAGAUAUUAGUCCUACAACUACAACAGAAAGAGGAUUAGGAAUUAUAUUAUUAUUAGUUGCUUGUGGAGGAUUUGCAUUUACAAUGAAUUCUAUAGGUUUUGCAUUAUCCACUUUGGAGGAGAAGACAAAUGUUAGAAAAUCAAAAGUUAACAUUCUUAAUAAAUAUAUGAAAUAAGCUAAUAUACCUGAUGGAUUAUAAAAUAAGGUUAGAAAAUAUUUAGAAUAUGUAUGGGAUAGUCAUUAAAUUUUAUUAAAUGAUAUAACUAGUUUACUUUCAUAAGAAUUAUGUAAGGAUAUAUUGGAAUAAGUAAAUGGUAAAUUAUUUGGACAUAUUGAUAUUUUUUGGUAAUUUCAUUCAUACAAAUUUUUGGUAGAAGGAAUAAUUCCAAUUUUAGAGGAUAAAUUAUAUUUACCAGAGGAAGUCAUUUUUAAUGAAAUUCCUUCAACUAAUUAUGAUUUAUUCUUAAUUUAAAAGGGAGAAGUUAGUAUAUAUUUUAUGAAAACAAAUAUUGUAAUUGAUAAUAAGACUAAAUAUGAUUAUUUUGGAGAAAUCAGUUUCUUUACUAAUUAAGUAAGAUCAGCUAGUGCUUAAAGUAAAUAAUUUUCUCACAUUUUUAUCUUAAAUCAAAGUAAAUAUUUAGAAAUUGCAAAGCUUUAUCCAAGAGAUUUAUAAUAAUAUUUUAAUAUUAGAAAUUCUAUAUUAUUUGAAAAGGAUUAUAGUUUUUUAUAAGUAAGAUGUUAUGUUUGCUAAAUGGAUGAUCAUCUUGCUAAAGAAUGCCCAGUAUUACAUUUUUAAGUGUAAUUAUUCUAACUAUAAUAGUAAUGCUCCUCAUUUUUUAUCAUUUUUACAUCAAUAUUAUAGAGUAUAUUAGGCUUCCUAUAUAAGAAAGGAUAGAAUUGACUUUAAUGCAAGAUCUUCUUAAUAUUAAAUCUAAUAAUCUUAAAGAAGAUUCUUAUAAAUUAAUUCAAGAAGACAAACUUAUAUCAAUUAAAAAGGACCUAGAAAUUCAUUUUUUGUUGAUUAUUAUGAUGUUGAUUUUGAAGAUUUAUAUAAAAAUGACAAAGCGCCUUCAAAAUUGAUGACAUCUCUUUAAAAGUCUCUUUUUAAUAAUAAAAAUAAAUAAAAAUUUGAUUUAUUAAACAUGAAUAUUGAUUCUCCUUUAAGUUCUAAAAGAUCAAUUGGAGCUAUAACAUAAAGAAUUAUGAUUGAAGAAUAAUAUAUAGAUCAAAUAGCAUCUGAUAGAUUUAAUGAUCUUUUAGAAUAAAUUAAUACAAUAAAAUAGAAAAAAAGAUCAUUUUCUCAUAUUCAUUUUACAUUAUUACCUGAUUUUGAGAAAAUAUAAAUAUACCAUAAUUUUAGUUAGUGGUAUAACAUAGAAAAUGUAUUAGAAAGAUACAGGAUAGUUUAAAAAAAAGGUUUAAUGUCUUAAAUACCUCCUAAAUAUAGUAGAUUUGGUUUAGAAGAAUUUAGAUCUUAUUAAUAAUAUUAUUGUUUUUAUUUAAAGAAAAGGGAUGUAUAUAGAUAUUAUACAAAAUGUCAUAAAAAUUAAGGAGAUAUUUAUUAUGGAUUUGAGAAUGAGAGAAUAUUUAAUUUAACCAGAGUAGAAAAAAAGAGAAGUAAAUAUAUAAAAGUUGAUAAAGUACUGUUUAAUAUAAAAAUUAGUUUAGGAGGCAGGACUUUGUAAAAUAAUCAUAAGUAAAUGUCUGA